AUGCCGCUUCAAUUCCCACAGGCACUUGUCAUCAGCCAGGAGCGCUCGCCAAUCGAGCACCGCUGGCUUGCCGGUCUCUUAAUUGCUCGCGGCUUUACUGGCCUUGUUCUUGGCUUUGCCAAUGUCAAUUUCAUAAGUAUCCUACUUGAUCUCUUUGGCGCUUCCUUGCAGAGUCAGCACCCCCAUCAAGAGUUUACAACAGCCAGCGAUGUUCGUAGACAUGGAGGUGGCAUGGGCAUCUGGCUCGGUAUUUGGUCUUGGUGCUGGGUUGGCUCGCUUGCUGGAGGCUUCCAGAUCGGUGCUGGCAUAAUCGACUCGCUGACUCCAGAUUGGGGGUUCUACAUCACAAUCAUGAUCCUCGCUGGAGCGCUCGUCAUCAAUGUCAUGGCGCCUGAAACACGGCGCUCUGCUUAUCGUCACUCUGUCACAGAGGUCUAUGACCGUGACGAGAAUUACAUCACUCGACGUGUCGCUCGAGGCGAAAUUAAGCUCCACAUAUCUACUGAAGGUCCAAAAUACUGGUUCGAAGAAGUGUGGGCUGGCUUAAAACUCUCCAUCAAGAUGCUCUGCCAACCUGGCUUUCUUGUUCUCUCCUUGUACCUUGGUUGGAUAUACGCCCAGAUCGUCCUUGUCAUCGUCCUGCUCGGCGCCCUCCUCUCACGGGACUACAAGUGGCACUCACAGAUGGUCGGCCUGGGUGUUAUGUCCAUCGCCAUUGGUGCCCUCGUCGCUAUUCCCUUGACCAAAGCCAGCAUCUUCUCCCGCGAGCGAAAAAAUGCCUUUCGUACAGAUAGUAUGACGUUCCAGAAGCAAGUCAGUUGGUCGAGUCAUCUCAUCCGGCGAUGCAUCUUCACCUUAGUGCUGCCGCUUAUGGGCCUCGCGUAUACUGUUUCUUCGGCUAGCCGUCCGAAGCCCUUCGCGGUCCCCAUAGUCUUCGCUGGCGCAGUGGGCUUUCUCUCGAUUCUCGCCAUCGCGGAAUGCUAUGGUCUGAUCAUGGAGACUUUCGAUACCUGCGAUCUCCAGCCUGGUGUGAACACGCGCCAUAGACUUCAAAGCAUGGCCGUACAAGACCGCCGCCGCCGCACAAAUUACUCCUCCUUCCCGCGCGUCAGCGCCGGCAUCUUCGCCUCACACGCUCUAUCCUUCUUCGGCGCGGCCAUUGCCACAGAAGUAGGCGGCAUAAUGACCAGGCACAUUGGCGCGCAGGCCUCGACCGGUGUAACCGCCGGCAUCCUGCUCUUUCUGACGCUGCUGCUUACUCUUGUCCUGUGGCGCUUCAAGGAAGUCCAGGUCAUUCCAAAUCACACAUUUGGGACCAGACGGGAUACGGCCGCGUGGCAGGAGUUCAGAGAGUUGGAAAAGGAAGGCAGGGGAAGUGAGUGGAAGGCGGUGGUCAUCGGAAAUCCGAGUGGGAAGAUGAGGAGGAUGAGUGUGCUUGAGCUUGGAGCACUGAGUCGGUGGACUGAGAUCCGGAAGCUCAAUUUCUUAAUCAAGGCGGAUGACCGGGCGAGGAAAAGAGAUGAUUGGCAUCAGGGUGGGAGUUGGUAG